UCUUGUUAAUGUUGUAAACCUAUUUCUAAUAGUCCAAAUGGCUUUCUCUAUGUUUCUGAAUCUGCAGGUUGCUUUGGUAAAGCUGGCUCUGAAGAAUGAGGGACUGAUAGUUCCUGGAUAUACUCAUUUGCAAAGGGCACAACCUGUUCUAUUGCAACAUCUUCUUUUAGCAUAUGUUGAGCAGCUUGAACGUGAUGCUAGCCGUUUGCUAGACUGCCGAGAAAGAAUUAAUUUCUGCCCAUUGGGCGCUUGUGCUUUAGCAGGAACUGGUCUGCCAAUUGAUAGGUUUAUGACUUCUGAUGCAUUGGGAUUCACUGCUCCCAUGAGAAACAGGUAUUUACUGAAUCGUCUUUGACAACUACAAUGUUCUAGAGUCUGAAUUGUUGUAUAUUAUACAUGUUUCUGUUUGGUGCUCUCUUCAUUAUAUGGUUUAUGCUUCCUCUGUGUGAAGUUUUUCGUCUACUUUCUGUUUGCUUGGCUGUGAGAAACACACUGUGUAAGCUCUUGUAAACUAGUCCCCUGGUUCUCCAGGACACAACUCCAGCAACCAUUCUGAC